AUGGCACUGGCAAGGAUUGCUAGAAGCAACCUGAGAAGAUCAGGUGUUGGUAAUGCAUAUCAGAAGGAUAUGUUCAAUGAGAGAUCACAUACAACCAAAUCCUCCUUACCUUCUUCCCAUGUAGAUGGAACUUUUUCGUAUAUUUCAAAAAUUAAGGAACAUAACAGUAUGAAUUUUUCAAUGAGGGGAAUAUCGGGAACUCCAUACUACCGGACUCCGUCUUCUAAUACGCAAAGGGUUGUAGAGGAGUCUGAGUCAGAGUUGGAAGAUGAUCGACAAAGAUAUGCAGGACUAGAAGCAACAAAACCAGGUGAAAAGCCUAGGGUGGUUGUUCUAGGUACCGGUUGGGCUGCUUGUCGGUUUCUUAAAGGGCUAGACACCAGAAUUUAUAACGUUGUGUGCAUAUCACCACGGAAUCAUAUGGUUUUCACUCCUUUGUUGGCUUCAACAUGUGUUGGUACACUUGAAUUCAGGUCUGUUGCCGAGCCUAUUGGUAGUAUUCAAGAUGCACUUUCAAAGGAUUCCAAUUCACACUUCUUUCUAGCUUCCUGUACUAACAUUGACACAAACAAACACGAAGUAUACUGUGAGACAAUUACCAACGAUGGAUUGUCUAGAGAGCCUUACCAAUUUAAAGUUGCAUACGACAAGCUUGUAAUUGCAUCUGGAGCCGAGCCUUCAACUUUUGGUAUCAAGGGAGUUAAGGAACAUGCAUUUUUUCUUCGUGAAGUGAAUCACGCUCAAGAAAUAAGGAAGAGACUUCUCCUUAACCUGAUGCUUUCUGAAAAUCCAGGCAUAUCAGAAGAAGAAAAGAAACGUCUUCUGCACUGUGUGGUUAUUGGAGGUGGUCCUACAGGAGUGGAAUUUAGUGGUGAGUUGAGUGAUUUCAUCACGAAAGAUGUUCGUGAGCACUAUACUCAUGUUAAAGAUUACAUUCACGUCACACUAAUUGAGGCAAAUGAGAUACUGUCAUCCUUUGAUGUUAGCCUACGACAAUAUGCCAUGAAGCACUUAACAAAGUCUGGAGUUCGUUUUGUUCGAGGUGUUGUGAAGGAAGUGCAUCCCCAAAAGAUAGUUUUGAGUGAUGGAACUGAAGUUCCUUAUGGUCUAUUGGUCUGGUCCACAGGGGUUGGUCCUUCAGAGUUUGUCAAAAAACUGAAUCUUCCCGUAUCUCCAGGUGGAAGAAUUGGUGUUGAUGGUUGGAUGCGUGUUCCAUCAGUGGAAGAUGUCUUUGCCCUUGGAGAUUGUGCUGGUUUUCUUGAACAAACUGGAAGGCCAGUGCUUCCAGCUCUAGCUCAGGUUGCUGAAAGGCAAGGGAAGUUCCUUGUGGAGUUGUUCAACAAAAUUGGGAAACAGGAUGGAGGAAAAGCUUUGUCUGCAAAUGGCAUCCCAUUUGGAGAUUCUUUUGUCUAUAAACAUCUCGGAAGCAUGGCAUCAGUAGGUGCCUAUAAGGCACUUGUUGAUCUAAGACAAUCCAAGGAUGGGAAGGGAUUGUCACUUGCUGGUUUUCUGAGCUGGCUGGUAUGGCGUUCAGCAUAUCUUACACGGGUGCUAAGCUGGAGAAACAGGUUUUACGUUGCAGUAAACUGGGGAACCACUUUUGUAUUUGGCAGAGACAACAGCAGAAUAGGUUGA